AUGGAAAAAACUCUGCAAUAUCGUCUGCGAGUGUUAAUUAAGAAUUUUAGUCAGGAACUCGUUCAAUUGGUUCAAUUUGGAUAUGCUUAUCUCUUCAAUAAUGUUGAGUUCAUUCCAAUGUUGAAUUUUAAAAUCCAAGCGAUUCAAUUGUUUCGAAAACUUGUUGACAAAUUUCCACAAUCGAAAGAAUAUCGUGAAAACUACCAUCAAGCUUACAGUGAUUACAUUCUGUUGUUAAUGAAAUUGGCUUUUCUCUAUUUGAAGAAUCAUCCACAAGUUUAUGAAGAUUUCUUGCAACUUAAAAUUGUUUUCCAAGCAUAUGAAAAAUUGCAGAAAGAUUUUGAUAAAAUGAGAAAAAGAAAGAUUCAAAAUUUGGGAUUGAAGAAGACUUGUGAUUAUAAAUCUUGUCAGAAAACAUUUAAUAGCAUCAAGCCGACAACUCAUGAAGCAUUUAAGGAAUGCAAUGAAGAAGUGGAAGUCAUAAAAGAUAAAGGAAAAUUGAAAAACAUUCAUUUCAAUAAUCAUAACACUCGUCACAAUAUUAAGAAGAGUAAAAACUUCACACAAACCCUUAAUGCUGAUUCGGAAAUCAUUUCAUCAGAAGAAUUUAUCAAAUUUGAAAACUACUCGGAAUUAAGAACUCCUUUGCAUGUUGGGACAGUUGAACAUGAUGAAAUAUUUAAAGAAACCACGACAUUAAAUGAAAAGAUUGAUGCAACACAUGAUAAAGUUAUGAACGGUUUGUCUCCAAUGUCAGUAAAGGCAACUCAUGAAAUACUUAAAGAAUUUAACGACGAACUUGAACAGAAGCUGGAAGAAAUAAAAAAUAAGAGAAAAUUGAAAUGCUUUGGUGGCACUCAUCACGACAUUAUAAAGACCAAAAAUGACUUAAACUUACCACACGAGUCUUCAACGGAAAACUUUUCGCAAUCAAAAUCUUCAUUGAAAACGAAAUCAAAUGUCGGGACAAUCGAACAAAAAGAAUUUAUUCCAAUACAUUCUAAUGAAGCUCCCAAGGUUUCAUCGAAAUAUUCGCUACAAAAGUCAUCGGAUGGAAAAGUUAAAAUCAAUUUAAACUUGAAGUUUGAAGAGGAAAUUAUGUAUGAAAAUAAAAUCAUCACUGGAAUUUGCAUUGAAAAUAUUUUUCCACGUAAAUCUCUGAAUUGUUGA